AGAAGGCAGUUUAUAUAUUAUUAUAAUAAUUGUUGAUGAUUUUCAUCUAAUUUAUAUUGAGAUAUUCAAAAGACUUAAGGGCAGCAGGAAUCUUGUACAUAUGCAUUUCCCCUGUCAGUAGUGUCCAUAUUUCACAGGGGCAUGAAUUAAUAGAUACUUCUGGGUAAGAAAUGGAAAAUUAUUUCCUCUAUCUGAAGUAAAGUGCCCCCUUUAUGCUAUGCUGCCAGCCUUCCUUGCUAGCAUUGUUGUAGCACUGACUAUUUAACCAGAAGAGAAAAAAAAAUAAUUUUGCGUUUGAGUGAUCACUCAAAAUAUUGCCCUGUCUUGGAAAACGAAGUUAGUGGGAUUUACAGAGUAGCUUAUUGGUGCAGGGAAAAAGCCAAAUUAGAUUUAGAUCAAGUUAGACUUGGCUAGCCUGAAGUAGCUAGGCAAGGUUGGGUUAGGGUUGGGUAGGGUACAGUAGGCUAAGUUAGGAUAAAUUGGGCUAGGCUGGGCCAGGUGAGAGUAGGGUGGGCUAGGCUGUGUGAGGAGCAUGGCUGGCAGCGUGGAGACGUUUGAGGUUAGAAACUCCCUUCUCGGAAGUGCAGUACUGUUCCUGCUUAGUGCUACAAAAGAGUGACGUUGUGGGUGGGGGAAGAGGAAAGAGGAGGGGUGAUAUCCCAGCGAACAGCUGCUGCAGCUGUGAAGAGAAAAAAGGAGGAAGAUCAGGAGCAGUUGCAGCAGUCUGACCCCCGCGACAGAUUUAUUCGCAUCUGUCAAAGUAAUCUCUUUGGUCUUGGUAACUUUUGUGUAAGUAUUAACACAGUGGGAUGAAACCCCAUUUUGAGAUCAGGAGAGUUCCUUCACUCAAAGAACAUCAACACAUGAGAGAUCAGUCUUCCAGCUUUACCGUGAAGACCUACCUCUUUGUGUAUGACCUGAUGCAAUUCUGUGGGCAUUCCUGGAUAUUUACAAAUAUGAUCAUCAGGUACAUGUCGUUUGGAAAAGAUUCAUUGGCCGACACAUUUUACUCCAUUGGGCUUGUGAUGCGCCUUUGUCAGUUGUUAUCUGUACUGGAGAUCCUACACAUUCUCAUUGGCAUUGAUAAAAGCCGUCUCUUCCCCAGGUUUUUGCAGAUCACUGAGAGAAUAAUUGUGUUGUUUGUCGUGAUCAACAGUCAGGAAGAAGUUCAAGGGAAAUACAUUGUGUGUGUUUUAUUUUUCCUUUGGAAUUUAUUAGAUAUGGUCAGGUACACUUACAACAUGUUGGCAAGGAUGGAAAUACAGUACUUACCACUGACAUGGCUGAACUUCUCACUGUGCAUCCUGCUCUAUCCACUUUCAGUUCUGGCUAAAGCAUUUGUGAUCUGUGUAUCACUGCCUUAUUUUGAAACCUUUGGCACAUACUCCGUCAAGCUGCCAUUUCCAUUUGCCUUCUCAGUCUACUUCCCCUAUGUUCUGAAAAUGUACCUGCUAGUGCUGUUUACAGGUAUGUGCUUUAUCAUCCGGAACCUCUUCUCAGAAAGGAAGGCUCACCUAGAGACAGGCAACUCCAAAAAGAAAAGAAGCUAAGCUGAUACUUUGUUUUGAAAUACGAAAUUUAUUCCCAGAGGGCUAGUACAUGUCAUAGGCAGAGAAAAAGAGACAAAGGUUUUCCAUGCAUAAAUCCUGUUUGCAUGCACGUCAUCCAGCUGUGUUGAAUCUUCAGAAAAAAAAACAUCUCUAGUGCUCCUCAAAAAUGGAGCAGCUUGGAAUUCCAACUUGUUACUUUUGAAAGUUUUGACUUCGAUUGUCAGGAUUUUUAAAAAUGAAUAUUUUUCUAAUAAAAGAGGACUCAGGAAAAAAAAUACAGAAGAGUGCCUUCACCGCAGUUACACUAACAACCCUUAUUUUGGUGUUAAUUCUUGCUUCAUCAUCAUCGGGUAUUCUGUAACAACAACAACAACACUUAAUGUAUUAUAUUAAGCAAGCAUGUAUGUGCCUUCUAUAUAUAAAUUGGCUAUAAUGGGGAUCUCUCAAAGAGCUGAAGCUGGAAGCUUUGCAUCCUAUGAGAUUCAUAUGCUGAUUACCUCAGACAUUCACAAAAGACCCCUGACUCUGGCCCAUUCUGCCAAAGAGAUUCCAGCAAAGUAAACCAUGAGGGCAAAUGAUCAGGUACUCGGGUACUGAAAUAUCCAAGAAAAGCUUAUAAUCACUGUGCUGGUAGACACUGAGAAUCUUUUUCAUUCAUGUGAUUUUUCUUCCAUGCUGAACAGCAAACAGAUAAGCAAUAGAAGUGUGAGUUGAUAAUGUGAAAAUACUGACCAUCAAAAAAGUCAUAUGCAAAAUUCUACCAGUUUUACUUAAGUUCACUCCCUUUUUUACUUCUACUGGACUUGUGAGGAAGCAACCAGAGCAUAGUCUUUUGAAUUUGGGAGUCACGAACAUAUGGCAGCCCAGGAAACCCUGUAAAAAGGAUAAAACAGACUGUACUUGCUGCAGAAAUAACUACAUAGGAAUGUUUCUUAUGUUUCAUCCAUAUUGCCUAUCAUACCUUCAUUUUACUUCAUGGAGCUGGGGGAGAAACUGAGGUUUUUUUUUUUUUUUUUUUUUUUAAGUUGAAUGAAAACUGGGGAAACAAUGGAGGAGUUGAAGGGGAAAUUAACACUAUCAGAUUACAGAGAGGCUGUUAGUAUAACUUUCUAAACCAUGCUCUUAAGAGGGUGUUCAGACUGUUUUAAGUAGCAGACAAGUGAGACUGGUCUUGACCUACUAUAAUUUUUAUUUAAUAUACGUGGCAGACAAUGCCUGCAGACUAUUGUGACCACUGGGAUAUAAUGCAAACCAUAAGCAACGGGAUCCUACAUGCAAUAGUUUAAUUGGGACCCUGGGUAUUUUGAAAGCACUGCAGACAAGAGUUAGUAAUUUAGAUGUUGUUACAGAAACAGAGGUACUUUCACUUUGGACUUUUGCCUGACCCAAACCACUCCAAAUGCAGACAGUCUGAACAAAGAAAAGGAUAAGCAACUGAAAGUUGAUGGCAAUUUCAAAGGACAGAGUUGAAACAGGAACACUUCACAAUCGGAUGACACUGUAAUAUGCAGAGUGAAACACGGACAUUUACCCUCUUGGUGAUUCAGUUGAACCUUUUUGAUCUAAAACCAGAGUUGAUAGUACAGGAAGGAUGUGGAGCUGUUGGAGUGGGUCCAGAGGAGGGCUGUGAAGGUGGUCAGAGGGUGGAAGAGCCUCUCUUAUGAAGAGAGGCUGAGGGAGCUGGGCUUUUUCAGCCUGAAGAAGAAUGAGUUCUGGGGAGAUGUCAUUGCAGCCUUC